GCAUAUGGCUUAGUGAAGUUCUUCUGGUGCUCGGAGAACAAAAUUAUUCCAGGUACUUACUCUGUUAAAUAAUGGGAAGCCUAUACUUUACAGCGCAGUCUGCAAGCUUAUACCGGAAGCCGCUUAGCAGACGGCUUGUGACACAGCCCCGCGCGGUCGCAGAUCAGAGUGUACCUCUGUACACAAAAUUCAGUCAGCCUGUCUACAGUCUUGCUACAGCGGCGUCUGACCAAACCAAACGAGGGUCGCUUAACCUCAUAACAUACCUGGCUCCCGUUGCCAUAAAGCCGGAUCGUUGCGUUGCGCUUGGUCUCUAUCUUGGCACAGCGAGCCAUGAAAACAUGAUGGUUCACAGAAGGGGCGUAUUGCAGGUGUUGCAAACCCAGCACGCGCCCCUCUUCCAGCUGCUUGGGAAGACCAGCGCGAAGGACGUGGACAAGCAUGCUGCCAUCCGGGAGGCAGGAUAUGCGCUUACAGAACGCUACGGCCUGCUGACACUUGAAGAUGCUGCGAGCGUCAUGGAGGUUGAGGUUAUUUCGGAAUUCAUGCCAUGUGGCGAUCACGACGUUGUCAUUUGCCGGGGCCCGGGCUCCUACGACCAGGGCUUCGUGCACCCGCUGCCACCUGAGUUCCCUGUGCGCGCCCCGGGCCGCACCCUACCUAGCUUUGAGGAGCGGCGCGAGGAGCCGCCCGCGCACAUCCCAACCUGGCUGCCAGCCUUCCCCGACCGCCACACCUACGUGCGCACGCCCGCCUUCCCCGGUCACGAAGAGGACCCCGUCAAGCAGAGCGAGGUGAUCCGGCAGACCCGACGCCAAGCUGCCAAGACCACCCUGACCUUCAAACAGCAGCUCCUAGCCGUGCCCCCGCACCCUGGAGACGUAGCCAUAGGCAGCAACCCCUUCCUCAGCGUCCCCACGGUGGAGCUGGUGGGGCCCGCAUCCACGGCCGAGGACGCCGGCGAGCGGACAGCAGCAGCAGCAGCAGCUGGCGGUUUGAGUAAGGAUAUCGUACAUCCCGUGUCAGCGGCGUUCGAGCCUGUGGUGGGGCCGGUGGCGGAGGAGGGAGGGCCGUCAGGGGCAGGCGGCGGGGGCGGGGGUGUGGAGGACCGGCGGAGGGACAUGGACGCGACGGUAAAGUGGCAGCAGGUGCAGGACGCGCCGUCCGGUUCCUCGCAGCUGGGUCUGCCCGCGGGCUUCACCCUGGACUUUGCGACGCGCGUGCAGCGGCAGGGGCAGGCGUUUGCGCCGCGGCGGAUAGUGGAGGAUGCGCUAGGCAGCCGGGGGGGCGAGGAGCCGCAGGGCAGCCGCUUCAGCGCCCGAGCGAGGAGCAGCAGGUACGACAUCGGGGACGAGCGCAAGAAGGCGGAGCACAUCCUGGCGCAGGCGGCGGAGGUGAAGGGGCACGGAGCCGCAGACCAUACCUUCGACGAUUAAGCAAAGCAGCCGCGAAGCGAACCAAAGCAGCAGCGGAUUCCCUUUGGAGGGUUGUAAUAUUCGCAGAAUACGCACGUGAACGUACGCGUGCAAGCAACCAGUGGAGUUAGGAAACGGCGUGUUGUCUUGCGGAAUUGCUUUAUCGGAAUUAUCGCAGUGGUUAUGAUGUCCGGUUGGAUUCUGUUGCCUCUGGAAUUUGAUGAGGAUAUCCUGGUAGUGGAUUCCUUGUUGCUGUCCUACCAAGGCAACACACCGCCAUUUCGGUCGCCCCUGCUUGCCUCUGCGUUUUGUAGCUUCGCUUUAAAAAUGGAACCGUUCUUCCUCUCGCUACAAGUUAUGCGGUAUGACCGGAAUAAAGAUGCUGGACGGCCGGCUUUGGUGCUGCGGCUUCCGCUAAGCUGCGAAGUGCUGGCGCGCGCAAUGCCAGCAACUUGCCAAUUUGCAAGCCUCUCUGCUGGAGUAUGCAAGGGAACAAUGCCAUGACACACUAAGCCGUCAGUCCACAAACUAUUUUUUGUGGCGGCUGUACACCAAAUGAUUCAAAGCCUACAAGGCGAAGGCCAGAUUGUACGGUUAGAAUCUGGCCUGGACCCAAACAGCAUUUAUGACCCCCGGGCCACUUCUUUUAUCUGCUUUCGCACUACACUCUUAACCCUUCCUCUUCCCUUUUAGAUACGCGAAUUGCUUUUACAGCAACCUCGGACCGUAUCACUGAAGUCACUUUUGCGUAAGCAGCGAAGCAAGACAACCCUAGAGGCCUCGCGUCCUUGAAAUUCCGCGCUUCCAACCCGCUAUCCCUGCCUCAUCAAAACUCCUUUGGAGAACACCAGUUUUCUGUAUAUAAACGCAGCAAUGGCUACCACGGCUAUGGAGACGGACCGCGGCGAGGCUGCGGCUCCUGUUGACUUCUCCCCGUCCAAGGCCUACAGCCCAAGCACUGUCCUCUCCGCCUUCGCUCCCGCCAUCACUCAUGCAACUGCCGCCGCCGGCCCCAAUACCUCGUCCCAGAGCCCCACCGCCGCGCCCGUCGCACGUCGCGCGACCGUCGCCUUCACAAC